ACCAGCUAUCUUCAUUUAAAACUAUAGUCAUUGGUUCAAAGUUCAAAUUUUAAAAAUAAUUUUAUUUCUUAUUUCUGACCUGCAUCUCGUCUGGUUGAAAGAAAGUUUCCGCUGACCUAUGGAUUCGGACUCUGCAUCUUCUCUUUCCAGCACGUACAGUCUCUUUCAUGAAAAACCUCAAGGGGAUUUAGGGUUAGGGUUCCUCAGAGCCCCAGAAAAACCUAUCUCUAGACCACCUUCUUCCCAAGAAGUCAUUUCCUCGCAGGCUUCACCCAAUGCUAACUUUAAAGCGGAGCCGCUGAAUGUGGAUGGAUGUACUUUGCUAAAGGGAAGAGUGAGCACAAAGGAUGUCUUUGGGAUGUCCGAUUCAGAUUUAGUCCCAGGGAAGUAUGAAGGAGGGCUCAAACUUUGGGAAGGUUCAUUAGAUCUUGUGAAAACUCUCAACACAGAAAUAAAAGAGAAAACGCUGUCAUUCGCUGGAAAGAGAGUUUUAGAGCUUGGGUGUGGUCAUGGACUGCCUGGGAUAUUUGCUAUCUCGCAGGGGGCUGCUGCUGUGCACUUCCAGGAUUUUAAUGCUGAGGUCUUGCAGCACCUCACCAUUCCAAAUGUAAAAGCCAACACCCAGCAGAUGGCUUUAUCAUCAGAAAAAUGCAAUUCUGAGACCGAACUGCGUUACUUUGCAGGGGACUGGAGUGACGUUCAUUGUGUUCUACCACACGUACUUCCUGAUGAUAAUGUGGGCCAAACUGUUGAAGGCACUGCUGGUUAUGACAUAAUUCUCAUGGCUGAAACAGUUUAUUCGAUUUCCUCACUCCCCAGUCUCUAUAAACUUGUCAAAAAGUGCACUUCUAGUCUCCAUGGAGUAGUCUAUGUAUCUGCUAAGAAACAUUAUUUUGGAGUUGGCGGUGGAUCAAGACGAUUUGUUUCCAUGGUGGAGAAAGAUGGUGUUUUUGGAGCUGUUCUUGUAGCCGAGGUUGCAGAUGGUUCAUCUAACGUUCGAGAGGUGUGGAAGCUUCAUUUCAAGUGAAACCGAACUUGAAUGUUUUUAAUUGGGGGAAUGUUGGAGGUCAAAAUAUUUGGUUUACCUCUUAUUUCCUACUAGAGCUCGAAUGAUUCAACUCUGGCAUCUUUCUCAAGUAUCUUGUCCAUUCUAUGACUGCUGCCUCUUGAUUUUCACUUCAUAUUUUCGAACAGAUGAACUUAGAGGCAUUUUCAAAAUUAGAAUUUUUUUAAGCAACUCCUGGAAAAAUUGUCUUUGAAAAGAACACCUUAUCUUGUUAGU